CGGCGGGCCGACGAUGCCUUCCCAGGCCGGCCGAGCGGACGCCCGGCCGCCCCCAAGGUGCAGCAGCAGCCGCCCCCUCCUCUGCAAAAUGCCCCGCGCUUCCCCCCGGCUGGAAGAAUGAGCUUGUCCUGCCUCCUCUGUCUCCUCUGCCUCAGCCACCUGAUCCUCUUCGCUUGGGCACACCCGGAGACGCGGCGGCCCCCCAGCGCGCAAUUCCGAGACGCGGCGCUCCGUGCCAAAAACAGCAGCAGCAGCAGCAGCAGCAGCAGAAGCGGCGGCAGCAGCAGCAGCUCGGAGGAUCGGAGCACCGCUUCGUCCUCCUCCUCCUCCGCGCCUUCCUCUUAUUUCUCCCCCGCUUGGGGAGUUCCAGGCAGCGGCUUGGACCGGAGCAGUUUCCAGUGGAGCCCCUCCGGGCGCAGGACCGGCAGCCUCUACUGCCGGGUGGGCAUCGGCUUCCAUCUCCAGAUCCACCCAGAUGGGAAAGUCAACGGCUCCCACCAAGCCAGCCUCUUGAGUAUUUUGGAAAUAUUUGCUGUGUCUCAGGGGAUUGUAGGAAUACGAGGAGUUUUCAGCAACAAAUUUUUAGCGAUGUCAAAAAAAGGAAAACUCCACGCAAGUGCCAAAUUUACCAACGACUGCAAGUUCAGGGAGAGGUUCCAAGAAAACAGCUAUAACACCUAUGCCUCAGCGGUUCACCGGACUGACAAAACGGGAAGAGAAUGGUACGUGGCUUUGAACAAAAGAGGCAAAGCAAAACGUGGAUGUAGCCCCCGAGUAAAGCCCCAACACCUUUCUACACAUUUCCUCCCAAGGUUUAGACAAGUUGAACCACCGGAACUUUCUUUUACCGUCACCGUCCCCGAAAAGAAAAAGCCACCAGUUGUUCCAGCGAAGCCAAAGGUCCCGAUGCCGGUGCCUCGGAAGAACUCUCCUCCGGUCAAGUACAGACUCAAGUUUCGCUUUGGAUAGUAAUGGCUUGGACUCCAGAGAAGGAAUGUCUUUCCCCCCCUCAGGAGCUCAUGCUUGUCUGCGAUUCCACAGAGUCGGGGAGAUCUCUGAGGCAAAUUCCGUGAGGAGAUCCUUGGGAAAGGUUGGCUUUUGUUUGGGGGCACAAGCUGUGUUGAAUUGGUUUUGGGGUGGGUAGUUAAAAGAUGAAGCAGAAUUCUUCCACUGCUCUGUGAGGAAG